AUGGUGGAGCGUUGUUGUUUGGCGGUGGUGCGGGUGCUGGUGCUGCAGGCGGCCUGGGCGCUGUCGGGCGGGCAGGUGCGCUACUCGGUGCCGGAGGAAGCCAAGGCCGGCACGGUGGUGGGCCGUCUGGCGCAGGACCUGGGCCUAGAGGCGGGCGAGGCGGAGGCGCGGCGGCUGCGGCUGGUGGCGCCGGGCCGGCGGGCGAGCGUGGAGGUGAGCGGGGCGAGCGGCGCGCUGCUGGUGAGCUCGCGGCUGGACCGGGAGGAGCUGUGCGGCAAGAGCGCGCCGUGCGCGCUGCGCCUGGAGGUGCUGCUGGAGCGGCCGCUGCGCGUCUUCCAUGUGCAGCUGGAGGUCACCGACAUCAACGACAAUGCCCCCGUCUUCCCCGCCGCCCGAAAAAACCUCAGUAUCGCGGAAUGGACCACUCUGCCCGGGUCUCGAUUCCCGCUGGAGGGCGCGUCGGAUGCGGAUAUCGGAGUGAACGCACAGCUCACCUACACACUCAGCCCCAGCGAGCAUUUUAGCUUGGAAGUGAAAGCCAAGGACGAAAAUAAAAUCUCCGUACUGCUCGUAUUAACGAAACCUCUGGACCGCGAGACAAUUCCCGUGCACCGUUUGGUGCUGACAGCGAGUGACGGGGGCCGGCCGUCUUUGUCGGGGACAAUGGAGCUGGUAAUCUCGGUGCUGGAUGUGAACGACAAUGCGCCCCAGUUCAACCAGUCGUUGUAUAAAGUGCAGUUACCGGAAAAUACGACCCCUGGGACUGUGUUUUUCCAGCUAAAAGCGACAGACAAUGAUGAGGGAAUUAAUCAAGACAUAUAUUAUUCUUUUAGCGAUGCGGUUUCUGCCAAAAUUCAGGACCUUUUCAAAAUUGACGAAAAAUCUGGGGAAAUACGGACUGCCGGGGAAUUGGAUUUCGAGGACACUCAGUCAUAUGACUUAGAGAUAGAAGCAAGAGAUAAAGGAACACCCUCGCUUUCGGGUCACUGCAGCGUGGAUCUGAAGGUUCUGGACAUGAACGACAACGCGCCGGAGGUGUGGGUGACGUCGCUGUCGGUGCCGGUGCCCGAGGACGCGUCGUUGGGGACGGUGGUGGCCCUGCUGAGCGUGUCGGACCGGGACUCGGGGGAGAACGGUCGCGUGCGGUGCUGGGUGUGGCCGGCGUCGCCGUUCGGUCUGGAGGCGACAUUCGCGGGCUCGUACUCGCUGGUGCUGCGCGAGGCGCUGGACCGGGAGCGGGUGUCGGAGUACGAGGUGGAGGUGCGUGCGGAGGACGGCGGGGCGCCGGCGCUGCGCGCCAGCCGCGGGCUGCGGGUGCCGGUGUCGGACGUGAACGACAACGCGCCCUCGUUCGCGCAGGCCGUGUACACGGUGCUGGCGCGGGAGAACAACGCGGCGGGCGCGGAGCUGGCGCGGCUGUGGGCGCGGGACCCGGACGAGGCGGCCAACGGGCGCGUCAGCUACUCGGUGUGGGACGGCGGCCUGGGCCUGGGCGGCGGCGGCGGGGCCGCGGGCACCUCGUCGUCGGGCGUUGGGUGGCGUCCGGCGUCGAGCUACGUGUCGGUGGACGCGGAGAGCGGGCGUCUGUGGGCGCUGCAGCCCUUGGACUACGAGGAGCUGCAGGUGCUGCAGUUCGAGGUGCGCGCGGUGGACGCGGGGGAGCCGCCGCUGAGCGGCAACGCCACGGUGCAGCUGUUCGUGCUGGACGAGAACGACAACGCGCCGGCGCUGCUGCCGCCCGCAGGCUCAGCAGCGGAGGCGGGCGGCGCGGCGGCGGCGGAGGCGGCGGUGGCGCUGGCGGGGGCGGGCUCGGAGUCGGGCACGCUGUGGGCGUGGGCGGCGUGGGGGGCGCCGGCGGGGCAGGUGGUGGCCAAGAUCCGCGCCGUGGACGCCGACUCGGGCUACAACGCGUGGCUGCGCUACGAGCUGUGGGAGCCGCGGGGCAAGGGCCCGUUCCGCGUGGGGCUCUACAGCGGCGAGGUGAGCACGGCGCGGGCGCUGGACGAGGCGGACGGGCCUCGCCAGAGGCUGCUGAUCGUCGUGCGCGACCACGGCGAGCCGGCGCGCUCGGCCACGGCCACGCUCAGCGUGUCGCUGCUCGAGGCCGCCGAGGCGGCGCUGGCCGCGGGAUCCUCGUCGUCGUCGUCGUCGUUGUCGGCGGUGUCGCGCUCGGCGGCGGGCGUGGAACUCGGGGCCGGGGCGGCGAGCGCGGCCACCAACGUGUGGCUGGUGGUGGCCAUCUGCGCCGUGUCCAGCCUCUUCCUGCUGGCCGUGGUGCUGUACGGGGCGUCGCGCUGGGCGCCGCGGGCGGCCGUGCUCUCGGCGCCCGGGCCCACGACGCUCGUGUGCGCCAGCGAAGUGGGCAGCUGGUCCUACUCGCAGCGCCACAGCCGCAGCCUGUGCGUGGCGGACGGCGCUGCCAAGAGCGACCUCAUGGUUUUCAGCCCCAACUUCCCUCCGCCGCCGCCCGCUCCUGCAGCCAAGGACACGCAGCCGGAGCCCUCCACUCUCCUCGACACGGUCAGUGCCACUGCUUUGCUCGCCUCUAUUCUGUCCCUUUGCCCCUUGUCUCUCGUUUCCCAAACUCUUUCCGUUAUUAGCCGGACUCCGCCCCCGCAUUUUGAAGUCAAUGGGUGCUUAGAUGUGUUAAUUGCACCUUUGUAUUUUCUGCCUCGUCCUUUAAGAGGGAGAGUAUCUCUGUAA